AUGAGUGGUGGUGAAAAAGUUAUAAAUCUCAAUGUUGUUGAGUCUGCCGGUAACAUUAGACCUGUUGGUUCAAGAGCUGGCCUCGAUCCAGUUACAUCAAAUCCCCUUUCUAUUAGUGAGGUAGGAACCAGUUUAACUAAUGAUCAAAAAGAUAUCGUUUUAAGAAGAUUGCAUUAUGAUGGUUUGUCAUCAUUUGAAAGUUUACCUCGUGAAGUGUCAGUCAUUUUUGAAAGAAUCGAUGAACUUUCUACUGAAAGUGCUGUUGAAAUUUUAGCCCAAGCUAUUAAAGAUCAUGAAACAGAUGUUAAUCUUUCUGAACAAGAUUUGGAAUUUUGGAAAGCUUUAAUUGCAAAUAAAACUUCUCAUCCAUAUACUAGUUCUUCCAACGAUAAAUUCAGUGGUGUCAAUGUCGACGAGAAAAAAGUUAGUGCUAGUGAUGAUACAUCGUCAUCUUCCAACUCUGUCACUGAAGUUAAUGGUUAUGACGAGAAAGAUGUGUUGCCAACUCAUAAAAUAAUUGACUGGAGCUUACAACUUAGAUUGGAAGCUGCAUUGAUUGAUGUAUGGUCUCCUUAUCCUCAAGUUAGAACCGUUACAGUUCCAUACGAUGAUCCUGAGGUUCCUGUAGAAACCUUCAGAGUUUAUUUAAUUGGUAUUAUUUGGACUGCUAUUGGUGCUGUUAUUAACCAAUUCUUUGCUGAAAGACAACCUAGUAUUUCGCUUUCCAUGGCUGUUGUCCAAGUGUUUUUGUAUCCUUCUGGUUUAGUUUGUGAAUGGAUUUUACCUAAAUGGAAAUUCAAAGUUUGGAAAUAUACCAUUGACUUGAACCCUGGACCUUAUACUUUUAAAGAACAAAUGUUGGCAACCAUUUUCUGUGGUGUUACUGGUGGAAGUACUUCUUAUGUUUCCUAUAACAUUUUGAUGCAGAAGUCCCCUGUGUUUUACGACAAUCAUUGGGUUGAUUGGGGUUACCAAGUUUUAUUAAUCUUGUCUACCAACUUCAUGGGUGUUGGUCUUGCUGGUAUAAUGAGAAAAUUUGCUGUUUAUCCAGUUAAAGCUGUCUGGCCAUCAAUUUUACCAGGUAUUGCAUUGAACAAGACUUUAUUGACUAAACAAAACAAGAAUGUUGUUCAUGGCUGGUCUAUUUCAAGUUAUCGCUUUUUCUUCAUUGUCUUCGCAGCUUCUUUUGUUUAUUUCUGGGUUCCAAACUAUUUAUUCCAAGCAUUGUCUAUAUUUAACUGGAUGACCUGGAUUGCUCCAACCAAUAAAAAUCUCGCGGUUGUUACUGGUUUCCUUGGUGGUUUGGGAUUGAAUCCAAUUUCUACUUUUGAUUGGAACAUUAUCAAUAUGUCUCUUCCAUUGAAUUUACCAUUUUAUACAAUCGCAUGUCAAUUUAUUGGUUCUAUUAUUGGCUUCUUUGUCAUCCUUGGUCUUUGGUAUUCUAACUAUAAAUGGACUGCCUACUUACCGAUCAACAGUAAUGCCUUAUUUACCAACAAGGGAACUAGAUACCAAGUUGGUGAUGUUGUUGACUAUGAUACAAGUUUAUUUGAUAAAGAAAAGUAUCAAGAAGUUGGUCCGCCAUUCUAUUCGGCAGCAAACUUGGUGGUAUAUGGUGCUUUCUUUGCUCUUUAUCCAUUCCAUUUUGUUUAUGAAAUUGGUAUUCAUUUCAGAGAAAUGUGGGAUGCAUGUUUGUCGUUCUGGAGAUUGAUCAGAAAUUGGAAGAAUUCAACAUAUGAUGGUUUUGAUGACCCACAUUCAAAGAUGAUGCGCCAGAAUUACAGUGAAGUUCCGGAAUGGGCAUAUCUCAUUGUUCUUGUAAUUGCUUUAGUUUUGGCUAUUGUGUGUGUUACUGUCUAUCCUGCUCAAACCCCAGUUUGGGGUAUUUUCUUUGCCUUGGGUAUUAAUUUUAUUUUCUUGAUUCCAUUGACUACCAUUUAUGCUAGAACAGGUUUUGCAUUUGGUUUAAAUGUUUUGGUUGAAUUGAUUAUUGGUUACAUUCUUCCAGGUAAUGGUUUAGCUUUAGCUUUCAUUAAAGCAUUGGGUUAUAAUAUUGAUGGUCAAGCACAAAACUUUGUCAACGAUUUGAAACAAGGUCAUUAUGCCAAACUUCCACCAAGAGCUGUUUAUCGUGUACAAAUUCUUUCCAUUUUCAUUGCUUCUUUUAUUCAAUUGAGUAUUUUGAAUUUCCAAAUCACUGGUAUUAAAGACUAUUGUGAUCCAGGUAACAAACAAAAAUUCACUUGUCCAAGUAGUAGAACAUUCUUUUCUGCUUCUGUCUUAUGGGGUACCAUUGGACCAAAGAAAGUUUUUGGUGGAUUAUAUCCAAUUUUAGAAUGGUGUUUCUUAAUUGGUUUCUUGUUAGCAUUCCCAUGUAUUGCUCUUAAAAGAUGGGGUCCAAAGAAAUGGGUUAGAAACUUUGAACCUUCAAUUAUUGUUGGUGGAUUCUUGAUUUAUGCUCCUUAUAAUUUGUCCUACUAUAUCCCUGGUUUAUAUGCUUCAUUUACUUUCAUGCAUUAUAUUAGAAAGAGAUACGAAGCUUGGUGGCAGAAAUACAACUAUAUUCUUUCAACAGGUUUGACAGCUGGUGUUGCAUUCUGUUCUAUCAUUAUGUUCUUUGCUGUUAUGUACACUGAAAAGGAUAUCAUCUGGUGGGGUAAUUCCGUUCCAUUUGAAGGUGUUGAUUACCGUAUGACUGGUUGGUUGAAUGCCACUGUUGAUGCACCAGAUGGAUACUUUGGUCCAAGAGUCGGUGAUUUCCCAUGA